GUCCUGUCCUGCCCGGACUGCUGGAAGCGGCCGCAACGCCAUGUUGGCGAAGUCUCUCAUCUGUGCGAGAAGGAAAAUGAUGGAGAACAGACCUGUCGAGAAGAGAAGGUAGAUCGCCGACGGAGGCUGAAGACCGCGGCGAUUAUUCCGCCCCCCCGACCCGUGAAAGAAACGAACCGAGCCGGAUCCGCGGAGGUUCCGGACGGACGAAGGGAGGCGAACCCUCCCACCGUCCCCAUGAGCAGCACCGCUGACCCGAGCAGCGACUUUCCAUGAGAAAAGAGACGUUUGUGUUGCUAUCCGAGCUUCGCUGUCCCGCUUCGUUAAAGGGAUCCGCGGCCUGCUUCGACACACCGCUACGCUUGCCCCAUGCCUGCAGGCUAGCCGCCGCUCCUAUCCGUAUUUAUUCAGCUAUUGUUUUUAUUUGUUUCAUAUUUUUUUUUUGCAAUGAGUUUGCCACCGAAAGUGGUCCCCAAACAAGCCGCUGUCGCAGUGAGCGGACCUGGAAGUGGCCCCUCUCCGUCGAGCCAACUGCGGGCUACCCUGACCUCCGUGUCUCUGCCGCCGGGAGCCCAACAAGCUCCGCAGCCAGGCUCCGUGCCGCCGCCUCAGUAUCCCUUCACGCGGCCAUGGCUUGUGCUUUCAAACAUUUCCCCCCAUGUACCCAGGCAUGCUGGUCCUCCUUACACUGCUCACGACAUCACAAAGGGACACCCUAAUUUGGCGGGUACCCCGCCUGGUCAUGGCCACUCCCCGGCGCUCUCUCAGGUAUCAAUACCCACAUCUUCCCCAUAUCGCUACCCUAAGGGCUGGGAGACAGGCGGAGGGUCUCCAUACAACCCUGGACAAAAUGCUGGCUCCCCCUCUCUAGUGUACUCUCCCCAGACACAGCAAAUAAAUGCACAGCCACAGAGUCGCCCGUUUGCUACGGGCCCUCGACCGACCCAUCAUCAGGUAAUUUACCCCACUUUUUUCCAGAGGACUCAGAUGCAGACUGCUAGGCCCACCAUCCCAACAAACACGACCUCCAUACGGCCUGGCUCACAGAAUCCUACAGCCGUCUACCCCACUAAUCAGCCAAUCAUGAUGACCAUGGCACCCAUGCCUUUCCCUUCCCCGCAGGCUGCACAGUACUACAUCCCACAGGUUUCUCCUUGUCCUCUUUACUUGCAGUAUCGCCACAGUCAACCCUAUGUGGGAGCUCCUCAGCAGUAUUCUGUUCAGCCCCCAGGGUCUGGCACCUUCUAUACUGGUCCUGGGCCAGGGGAGUACCCUGCCCCAUAUCAUCCCCUCAGGUACCACCCACCUGUCUCGCCCUCUGUCCCUGCUCCCGUACCCACAGCUGGCCCACCUUACUACCCAGGACAGCCUGUGUACCCCCCAUCACCCCCCAUCAUAGUGCCUACACCACAGCAACCUCCACCAGCCAAGCGUGAGAAGAAAACAUCCUCCCAGAUCCGUAUCCGGGACCCCAAUCAGGGUGGCAGGGACAUCACAGAGGAGAUCAUGGCAGGGGGUUCAGGGAGCAGGAAUUCAACGCCUCCUGUAGGUCACCCCUCCUCUACCCCCACCCCACCCCAGCAGCUGAGCAGCAGCCAGACUCCAGAGCCGCAGCCUCCUCAACCACACCAGGCCCACACUGGAGGCUACACCUUGGAGUCCCUGCAGCCCCAGCAGCCCCAACAGCAGCAGCAGCCCCAACAGCAACAGCAACCACAGCAUCCCCAGCAGCCACAGCAGCAUCCUCAACAGCCACAGCAGCAGCCCCAACAGCAACCCCAGCAUUCCCAACAGUCCCAGCAUCCACAGCAGCCCCCACAGCCCCCACAGCCUCAACAGCCACAGCAGCCACAGCAACAGCCACAUCAGCCCCAACAGCCACCCCCACAGCCACAGCAACCCCCACAGCCACAGCAACCCCAACAGCCACAGCAGCUCCAAGAGCCACAGCAACAGCCCCAGCAGCACCAACAUCAGCUGCCGUUGACAAAAGGAGCCUCCGACACCAAACCAGGGCCAGAUGAUGCGCCAAAACUGCAGCCAGUUGUCCAGAAGUCUUCCUCACCUGGGCUUGUGCAGCCUGAAGCCCCCGUGGAGAGACCGGAGGACAACACACCUGAAGCUGAGCCCACUCCUCCUGCAAGUGAACCGGAGCUUCCCCUCCCCGCCUCGCUCAGCACCCCUGUCAAUCUCACACUUACAGCGGCCAACUCAAGUGAACGUCCCUCAGCCAGGGAGUCAGUCUGUUCUCACUUGUCCUCAGUCGAGGAGCAGAAACCCUCUUUGGCGCCACCUCAGCCUCCCAACACAGACAAGCCUCUCUUAGACGCCCCAAGAACUCUGGCUGCCUUGUCUGUAGCAGCCCCCACGGCUUUGAACGGCCUUACCGAGUCCGGGACUGAGCUGGAGACAGCGGGCCAUGAGCCUUCUCUCAUGCCCCCUGCUGCACUCCAGCCCCAAGCCUCUAGUCCUGCUUACAGAGAAGCCUCCUCUGAAACUUUGCCUUCUGACAUGAGGCCACAGGUUCCCAUUGCUGCUGCGCUGGCCCCUAUGGCUCCUGUGGCUGUGGUGCCAGUUACCCUGAGCUCGAGCCCGGCCCCAGCUUUGCCCGUGAUGCUUCCCCCUGGCCUUCCGCCUCUAGUGCAGGCCACAACAGAGGCUGACGAGCCGAGCAAAUCCAUAGACACUAAAGACCUUGUACCCAGAGCAGGGUUGGAGGCACAAGGUGGCAUUACUGACAGCAAGACAGAGUCCCAGCAUCAAGCACUCAUCAGGAAGAGCCCCACAACAGUAAAUCAGACGGCUUCUGCGAUACCAAAGACCUGGAGGAAACCAAAUGAAGGGAUCUCUGCUGGAGACGCACCUCAAAAGCAGGAUGAGGACAAGCCAAUGUCAGUGGAUCAACCUGCUGGAGACCAGGCCCUGCAGGCAGCUCCAUUGAGCAACAGCCCUGUGGCUCUAGCAACAGUCUUCACAUCCACCCCUGCUCCCGCCAGCAGCCCAGAGGCUGACGGGAAAGUCGCCGUCCCAGAGGAGAACGGUGAGGCUGAGAUGGAGCCCAUGAGGAACGGAGCGGGCCACACCUCAGAGACGGAGAGCUGCGACAGCGGAGCCACCCCUGGGGACAAGGAGAAUUCCACAGGAGCUACACAGGAUAUAGACGACCUGGCCGAUCCCAGUGGGAAGCGUCAGUAUAACAGGGACUUCCUGUUGUGCUUCCAGUUCAAGCCUGCCUGCAUACAGAAGCCUGAGGGACUCCCACCAAUCAGUGACGUGGUGCUAGACAAGAUGAACCAAAACAAGUUGCCAUCCCGAGUCCCGGAAUCUCGGGUGAUUUCCAGAGGACCUGAUUUCACACCUGCCUUUGCAGAUUUUGGCAGACAGAUGAUGGGAGGACGAGGCGCUCCACUUAUAAACCUUGGGGCGCGGCGACCACCACCCAGGAAGAUCAUCAUGACCCUGUCUGUGCACGACGAUGUUCAGCUGAAGAAAUCAGAGAAUGCCUGGAAACCAGGCAUGAAGAGGGAAAGCCUCCCAGCCGAACCAGAGUCCAACCAAACACAGGACCUGUUCAAGAAGGUCCGCAGCAUCCUGAACAAGCUGACACCUCAGAAGUUCAACCAGCUGAUGAAGCAGGUGACGGACCUGACCAUCGACACUGAGGAGCGGCUCAAAGGAGUCAUCGACCUGGUGUUUGAAAAGGCCAUCGACGAGCCCAGCUUCUCGGUGGCCUACGGGAACAUGUGCCGCUGCCUCGUCACGCUCAAAGUGCCCACCACUGACAAACCCAACAACACAGUGAACUUUCGCAAACUGCUGCUAAACCGCUGUCAGAAGGAGUUUGAGAAAGACAAGGUGGAUGAUGUGGUGUUUGAGAGGAAGCAGAAGGAGCUGGACUCUGCUGCAUCGACGGAUCGUGACCGACUUCAGGUAGAGCUGCAGCAGGCCAAGGACAUUGCCCGGCGGCGAUCCAUCGGCAACAUAAAGUUCAUUGGUGAACUCUUCAAGCUAAAGAUGCUAACGGAGGCCAUCAUGCAUGACUGCGUGGUGAAGCUGCUGAAGAACCAUGACCAAGAAUCUUUAGAGUGUCUGUGCAGGCUGUUCACCACCAUCGGCAAGGACCUUGACUUUGAGAAGGCCAAGCCUCGGAUGGAUCAGUAUUUUAACCAGAUGGAAAAAAUCGUCAAAGAGAGGAAGACGUCUUCUCGGAUACGGUUCAUGUUACAGGAUAUUAUAGACCUGAGAUUGCACAACUGGGUGUCAAGAAGAGCCGACCAGGGUCCGAAAACCAUCGAGCAGAUCCACAAGGAGGCAAAGAUUGAAGAGCAGGAGGAGCAGAGAAAAGUACAGCAGGCACUGCUCUCCAAGGACACCAAGAGACGGCCAGAUCCAAGGGAGCAGAGAGAGCAGAGAGAUCAGCGAGUACAGAGAGAGGAGACCUGGAACACUGUGCCCAUGACGAAGAACAGCAGGACCAUCGACCCCAACAAGAUCCCAAAGAUCUCCAAGCCUCAGAUGGACGAGAAGAUCCAGCUGGGCCCCCGGGCUCAAGUCACAUGGGGGAAGGGCAGCAGUGGAGGAGCCAAGGCCAAUGACUCAGAACUUUCACGCACAGCGGGCGUCAACCGCUUCUCAGCGCUGCAGUCCACCCCCUCACCUCAACCCUCCACCACUCCUCCACAGAACCCAGACUUCGACGCCAGGACAACUCUGGGAAGUCGUAGCAGUACAGGCAGAGAGCGCAGCGACAAGCCGCUGAUCUCUGCACCGCCAUCUGUACGGCCUGGUCCGUUCACCAGGGGAAGCAGUUCAAAGGAGCUGCUGGAGAGUCAAGCCCAGGAGGAGCCGCGAAGAGACAGGGAGCGUGAGGGAGCCGAACCCCGGAGACCGAGUGUCACCGAGGACAAACCUGAGCCAGAGCGCAGCAGAGUCCGAGAGCCUGUGAAACCUGAGCCUGUCCAGACGAGAGAGAAACCUGCUCGGUCUGAGGAGGAGAUCGAGAGGAAGUCCAAGUCCAUCAUCGACGAGUUCCUGCACAUUAAAGAUUUCAAGGAGGCAGUUCAGUGUGUGGUGGAACUUGAUCUGGGCUCUCAGUCUCACAUCUUCAUACGCGUGGGGGUGGAGUCGACUCUGGAGCGCAGUCAGAUCACACGGGACCACUUGGGCCAGCUCCUCUUCCAGCUGGCGCAGAAGGGAAUCCUGCCCAAACCCCAGUUCUACAAAGGGUUUGCAGACACGCUGGAGCAAGCGGACGACAUGGCCAUCGACGUUCCCCACAUCUGGCUGUACCUGGCCGAGCUGCUCAGCCCUGUGCUGAAGGAGGGGGGCUUCUCUAUGAGAGAGCUCUUUAGUGAAUUAAGCAAACCUUUGCUUCCUGUGGGAAAAGCUGGGAUCUUGAUCUCUGAAAUACUGCUCAUACUAUGCAAACAAAUGGGCCAUCGUACUGUGGCUUCUCUGUGGGAAGAAUCAGGCCUCAACUGGACUGACCUUCUGCCGGAGGAAGAGGAUGUCCAGGCUUUCAUCUCACAACAGAAACUCCAGUUUCUUCAGUCGGACGCCUCUAGCUCUGAGGCGACUCUGUCCGAAAGAAUCUGGUCUCCCGAGGAGCUGAGACAACAGCUGGAGAGACUCCUGCUGGAGGACAUGGCCAGUGACGAGCAGAUCUUCGAUUGGGUGGAGGAGAACCUGGAUGAAUCUCAGAUGAGCUCGUCUCACUUCCUGAGGGCGUUGAUGACGGCUGUGUGUAAGGCAGCAGUGAAAGAUAACACCAACUGUCGAGUGGACACGGCCCUCAUUCAGAAGAGAUUGCCUGUAUUACUCAAGUACCUUAACUCAGACACUGAGCGACAGCUGCAAGCACUUUAUGCACUUCAGUCGUUGAUCGUCGCCCUCGAUCAGCCUCCAAACCUCCUCCGGAUGUUCUUCGACUGUCUCUACGACGAGGACGUCAUCUCCGAGGACGCGUUCUACAAGUGGGAGACGAGCAAAGACCCGGCCGAGCAGCUGGGUAAGGGCGUGGCCCUUAAGUCCGUCACGGCCUUCUUCACCUGGCUGCGGGAGGCGGAGGAGGAGUCGGAAGAUAAUUGACGAGGGGAGACCCCCGGGGGACAUGACGUAGUAGAACUACAUCCUUACAGCAGAACAAACGUUCAAAAUGGGUGCGUGAGCAGGACGACAUGUUUACGGCUGGAAUUUUUUUCUGCGGUACGGUUCUGAAACAUGCCGCCAUUUUGAGUUUGGAUUCCAACGGCAGAAGCACUAAAUACCUGUAUUAUACAUAGAAAAUAUUUUUGUUUUAAAUUUUAACUUACUUUUCUUUUGUUACUUUAUAAGAAGAGACUUAAGAUACAUAGGUUCCGGACUCUUUAAUUUAUUAUUUUUUUAAGGACUGCAAAUAUGAAAGUUAUUUAACAUUUGCAGAUGCUCACGACAACAGAACAGAAAUAACAUAUAAUUAAUUAUAAUAACAAAAAUAAUAAUGAAAUGAAAUGGCCUCCCCGGACUCCACACUGUUUGGUUUAAAACAGGGUAAAGCAAAGUUAUUUGGGAUGAAGGGGACGCAAAGAUAAAAAUCAAAUGGAUGCACAGGAACUGUCACCGAUGUCCGUGUGUGACGGCCAGGGGUCAAAGGUCAUCCUCCUGAUAACCACAGAGCCUCGGCCUAUUCUGCGUUGAUAUGUACAUACACCUCACGAGAGGUCGGGGUAUGCAUUCAUGAAGCGAUGCAGGUCAGUCCACAGAACUGUCGAAAAACAAACGCAGACGAUCAAACCAGAUACAUUCAAUCGAAAAAAUGCAACUUUAAAAAGCAAAUGGCCAGGUUCGCUGAGCAAGAAACAAGACAUGCUUGUAAUACUCCAGACCUACAGAGCAGGUUCAACGCUUGUAAAAACAUUAAAGACAAAAAAAGGUAUUUAAAAAUG